AUGACGACUCUCAUCCCGCGUGGGCCGUACUCCCCGGAGGAGUUGGAACAACUCUAUCCAAAGUCAUUGAAGCUACAAUUGGUUCAGGUGUUCCUACGUCAUGGUGAACUCUGGCCGUACUGCAAUGUUGCGCGAAAUAUGGUUCAGAUUGCGGCGAGCAAGCAGGACCUUUCCAGUUGGGACGGGUUUCAAUGGCGCCGAAAGAUCGAGACCUUUGGUGACAACGACGAGGCCAGGGUCGCGUCGGGAUCGGAUGGUAACCUUGAAUCGAUUUGUCAACACGGUGAAUUGACAGACAAGGGUCGCGAAACAACCUAUGCUCUCGGACAACGCUUGCGUCAUCUCUAUGUUGACCAGCUUGGGUUCAUGCCCAAGAUCAAGGAAGAUACGGAGGAUAUGUACCUGCGAGCUACCUCGAUUCCCCGCGCUUUGGAGUCAAUGCAGCAAGCUUUCUGGGGCAUGUACCCUACCAGCGCGCGCACCCAGGACUUUCCUCCCCCAGUGAUCGUCGCUCGUCCUGUGAACGAAGAAACUCUGUUCCCUAACGAGGGUAACUGUAAGCGAUUCCGACAGCUGGCUCGUCUAUUUGCCGACCGCGCCGCUGCCCGAUGGAACGAGUCCGAGCAAAUGGAUUAUCUGAACAGGCUCUGGUCUAAAUACAUGCCGGAAUCGUCACCAAAUGUCGCCGUUGAUGCCCACCCCCGUCUCUCUGGUAUUAUGGACACCAUCAAUGCCUCCGAUGCCCAUGGACCGGGCACCAGGCUGCCCUCUGAGUUUUAUGACAAGAAGGCCCGUGCUGUCCUAGAUCGAAUUGCGGUGGAGGAGUGGUUUGCUGGCUACAGCGAAAGCACCGAGUACCGCAGGCUGGGUAUUGGUGGUCUGAUGGGUGACAUUGUUGAUCGUAUGGUUAGUACCGCCGUGGACGGCGGCUGGCACAGUAACACUUCUGCCUCUGGGUCUGGUAACCCAGAGACUGGCACACCUAUCAAAUUCGCGAUGAGCGGAUGCCACGACACUACCCUUGCGGCGAUCCUGUCUAGUGUUGGAGGUUUCCAAGACGGCUCGUGGCCACCUUUCACCUCGUCUAUUGCUGUUGAGCUCUUUUCCCAAGCUCCAAGCAAUCGUGCAGAUGCCGGUGCUGUCCUUGAGGAAUUCUCUAAUCCGCCAGUUUCCAAGAAGGGCGGUCUUCUCUCAUCGAUGUUCGGCAAGAAGAAACCUGUAACCCAGACGCUGGCGCCAUCCGCGACUGCACGUGCAUCCCUCGAUUCCUUCUCGGAAGAAACGCGUGACACUCUGCGCAAGCACUACGUUCGUAUCCGCUACAACGAUCAGCCCGUGACCAUUCCGGGCUGCGCAGCCAAGCCUGAGAAUCAUCUUCCCGGAGAUGAAACGUUUUGCACGCUCGAUGCAUUCAAGAGCAUCGUUGACAAGUUUACUCCCAAGAAUUGGACUGAAGAGUGCACGCAGAACUUGGGUGAAGGCCUGCAUGGAGUCAAUGACUCGGAACGCAGCGUCGCCGGAUUCUAA